GACAAACCCAAUUUCAAGCCCACCGCCGUCCCGAACCAGGUCGCUUGUGCCUUCAUUCAGCCCACAUAUAGUUCCACAUCACAUCGCAAUCGACCGAUGGAGGCUUCAUCUUGGCACUUCGAAUCCCCGCUGCUGAAAUUUCUCUAGCAGCUUUGCUUCCACUCAUAAACUGGUUGUUCACUGAAAAUGGAGAACGAGGAAGACGGUCCUCCCGCCGCCAUCGACAUCGCCGAUGCUUCACCGGCAACCUACACCGUCGACGUCCCCAGAGCAGAACAAGCUCAGGACGACGCUGUCUCUGUUGGAGUCACCAUCAUCACCGGUUAUCUCGGUGCCGGCAAAUCCACUCUUGUUAAUUAUAUAUUGAACGCUAAACAUGGGAAGAGGAUCGCGGUGAUUCUGAACGAGUUCGGUGAAGAGAUUGGGGUGGAGAGGGCGAUGAUCAAUGAAGGAGAUGGAGGGGCUCUGGUGGAGGAAUGGGUUGAGCUGGCCAAUGGGUGUAUAUGCUGCACCGUGAAGCAUAGUUUGGUACAGGCACUGGAGCAACUUGUGGAGAUGAAGGAAAGACUUGAUCACAUAUUGAUUGAGACCACAGGAUUGGCUAAUCCUGCUCCUCUUGCCUCUGUGCUUUGGUUGGACGAUCAGUUGGAAUCAGCUGUGAAGCUUGACUCUAUAAUCACUGUAGUGGAUGCUAAGAACCUUGGCUUUCAGCUUAAGGAGCAGAAGGACUCUUCUUCGUUUCCCGAAGCUAUAUAUCAGAUAGCAUUUGCGGAUGUUAUCAUUCUUAACAAGGUUGAUUUGCUUUCUUCAGAAGGUACUGGAGGAGGAUCUUUGGAUGAACUCGAGAAGGAAAUACGUGACAUCAAUUCACUUGCCAGUAUCGUUCAUACUGUUCGGUGUCAUGUUGACUUGUCUAAGAUACUGGACUGCAAUGCAUAUGAUACUGCUCGGGCUUCGCACUUAGAAAAACUACUGAAUGAAACUAAAUCUUUGUCAACCAAAGACCUGCAUGGGAGUGGCGUGCACACUUUAUGCAUUUCGGAGUCACAGUCGGUUGAUCAGGAGAAGGUUCGGCUGUGGCUUGAGGAGAUUCUGUGGGAUAAGAAAGACGACAUGGAUGUAUACCGUUGUAAAGGAAUAUUACACAUUCGAAACUCCGAUGACCUGCAUACUUUGCAGGCGGUUAGGGAGAUAUACGAGAUCGUACCUUCUCGAAAAUGGAAGAACGAAGAAGUUAGACUGAACAAGAUAGUUUUCAUUGGUCGUAAUCUGAAUGAGGCCAUCCUCGCUAAGUCUUUCAAAGGUUGCGUGGGGAUUGCAGGAUUAGAAGGUUCAUGAAUUGUUGUCUGAUCGUAGUAGUUAAGCUAAAGGUUUUGGUUCAAUACAAGAAUGUUAUAAAUAUUUACAUUUGUGGAUGUUUAUUAUUGACAAGUUAGAGCACAAAUUAUGUAGGUUCAGAACAUUGAUUGAUAAUACGUGUAUUGAGUAUUAAAUUGCUAUUUUCCAAAUAAGCAUGCACUAAAAGACAAUUUGGUAGGCAACUCUUACAAGUUAUAUGAAGA